AUUAUAUUGUAGUAAACACUAAACAGUCAAAUUUUCCCGCAUGGCACGAAAAGUUAGAUAAGCUCCCGGCUCCUCCGUUUAAUGCAAAGUGCCGUUCUAACCGUUACCGAGCUGUAACGCUUUUUUUCUCUCUCGUUUCCAAGUAUCUACCGGUAUAAACCUACAUUAUUUGUCUAUGUAAAUUAUACUAUUAGAUAUAAAUCAAUGGUUACAGCGAAUUUUUUGUUAAUUAUAUCGAAGUAGCCGCCGACGGAUUGUGGUUGAGAAUAGAUGAACAAAAUGAUACCAAUGAGCCAGAAAAUUCAAGAAUAUUUGUUCUAUACGACAAAAACAAUCCAAUAUCAGAGAAUGAAUUCAGUGACAUGUUUGGCAAAUUUGGAGUUGUGCAAAAUAUUUACAUAGUAAAGGAUCGCAACAAUGACAGUGUUAAAGGUGUUGCUUAUAUUAAAUAUUCAAAAGCGUCAGAAGCUUUCAAAGCUAUUGAGGAAAUGAAUGGUUACAAAAUGGAGUCCACACAUCGUCGUAUGAAAGUAUUAAUGGCAACAAGUCCCGGACAAACCAGAAGCACUUCAGAAAUGGAAUACAAUAGAUUGUUUGUAUUUGUACCAAAAUCAGAAAAAGAACCAGAUUUAGAAAAUUAUUUUAGCCAAUACGGAGAUGUGUCCAAAGUUCACAUUGUCACUAAUAAAGAUUCAGGAGAGUCUAAAGGGAUUGCUUUUAUUACAUUUAAUAAAGCUUCAUCAGCUGCUCUUGCCAUUGAACAAUGUGGAUCAAACUACAAAGCAGUUUUUGCCAAACCAAAACAUGAAGAUGGUCCUUCUGCAUACCCAACUCAAACUUAUAAUAGACAUUCCGAUUCUAAAAAUGUAGCAAGUAACUAUGCUCUACUCGCACCGUCUUCUCUUUCUCGCCGGGAUGAUCCUAUUAUAUUAAAUGCAUAUACAUCACCAAUUGUUACUUACAAUGAAUUAUAUAGAAUACUUAAUAUUGCACCUGAAUUGGAACAAGUGAAGGAACUGCCAAGACAACAAGGCUAUGAAAAAAAAAUGUUUCAAGUAGUGUAUAAUACAGCAUCUGCUGCUGAUCAUGCAGUUAACAGAAUAAACGGAUUUGAAUAUCCCCCUGGUCAUCCUAUAAUGUUGGAGUUUAGUAGUAGCACUUCGCUAUCAAUUCCGUCUGCAGUAGAUCCAUUAGUUGCUAGUAAGAUAACAAAGGACAUAGAGGUACUCUCUAGUACUGUAAAUAAAGCUUUAGCUGUGAUUAAAGAAACCGCCGAAAGAUUUAAGAUACCAGAUGAGUACAAUUCACCUUCAGCACCUAAAAGAAGAAGUGAAAUACCUCUUUUGCAAUCGCCCGAUAAUAUAUUUAGAUUAUUUUUUGUAUGUAAACCAGUUAUUCCAUCAGUGAGGUUAUUAGACGAGACGUUUAGAAUGUUCAAAGGGCUGAGAAAUAUUAACGUAAUCGACGGCAAGAAUUAUGGCUAUGUCACAUAUGACAACCCGGAAAGUGCAACACGAGCUAUCGACUACCUAAACGACAAUAAACUAUACAAUAGCCGUUUGAAAGUCAUGGAAGCUGAACCAAGAGAACCAAACCGUAAACGAUUGAAACAAGAAACUGUAUAAUUCAAAGAAGACAGUACAUAGAACACACAACAAAUUUAAACGAUUUUCUAACCCACUAAAACUACAGAUACUUGUGUUUGUCUACAAUGACAAGAUAAUACAUCACAAUUCAACCAAUUUCAUUAGACACUACGAGAUAUCCAACAACUGUUACACUGUGGACAAAAACCAUUCUUAAACUAACUAACGAAUAUGUGUACACCAUCAUCUAUUCAGUUGGCCCCAAUUUAUUUGCAUUGUUAAGGCUGGGAACACUUGGUAUUAAUAGUGUUAAGUA